CAUCAAUCAUCAUAUUAAUAUACCUUCAAAACGCCUUGAGAUGUGGAAGUAAAUCAGCUGAUGGGUGGUGAGGAUCUUCGGAGGAACCCUGCGUAGAAUUUGCGCUCCCUAUAAAGACCGACCUCCCCUCUUCUUACUUGCCUCAUAUCACUUGGCUUCUCUCUAAGCCUGCUGGUCUCUUCCAUCCAUCCCUCUUGCUGCUUCUCUCGUAAAGAGAGAGAUAAGAACUCAUGGCUCUCAGUACGCGCACUACUACUGACUCGAACUGGUGGGUGUUCACCCUUCCUGCCUUCUUCGGCGUCGAUACGCUGCACUGCGACCUCCCCCUGCUCUUGCUCAGCCUCUUCAUUGCUUUCGUCUCCUUCGGCCUGAUCGCCUGGGUCCUGUCCCCCGGAGGCCGCGCUUGGUCUCACGGCCGGGCCCGCCGUGGUACCGUUCCUAUACCUGGCCCCCGCGGCCUCCCCGUUUUCGGCUCCCUCUUCUCCCUCGUCCGCUCCCUCCCCCACCGCGCCCUCGCAGAGCUCUCCGCCGCCGCCGGUGCCAAGCCCCUCAUGGCCUUCUCCAUCGGAUCCACCCCCGCCGUUGUCUCCUCCGACCCGGCCGUGGCCCGCGAGAUCCUCUCACACCCGGCCUUCUCCGAUCGCCCUCUCAAACGCUCUGCCCGCGAGCUCAUGUUCGCCCGCGCCAUCGGCUUCGCUCCCAGCGGCUCCUACUGGCGCCUCCUUCGCCGCGUCGCCUCCGCCCACCUCUUCUCCCCCCGCCGCGUCGCCGCCCACGAACCCGGCCGCCAGGCCGAUUGUUCCGCCAUGUUGUCCGCCAUCGCCGCCGAGCAGCGUCUGGCUGGCUGCGUCCGCCUCCGCCCGCACCUACAGAACGCCGCCCUGAACAACAUCAUGGGCAGCGUCUUCGGGCGGCGUUAUGAGGUGUCGGUACCGGGGGGCGAGCAGGAGGCAGAGGAGUUGAAGGCCAUGGUGCGGGAAGGCUUCGAUCUCCUGGGCGCCUUCAACUGGUCUGAUCACCUCCCGUGGCUGGUGCAGUUCUACGACCCCGCCAACGUGAAGAAGCGAUGCGCCGCCCUCGUGCCGCGCAUCCGCAGUCUGGUGACCAGCAUCAUCGCCGAGCACCGCCUCCAGGGGCCGAGCCGCGAGCAGGACAAUGGCGACUUCCUUGACGUGCUCCUCUCGUUGGACGGCCACGAGAAGCUCGAUGAAGACGACAUGAUCGCCGUUCUUUGG